AUGAUAUAUGCCAUAAGAGAAAUAAACCAGCGCACACCAAGGGUUCUACCCAACAUCACCAUAGGAUAUGACAUCUAUGACACCUGCGGAGAUGUCAGCUUUGCCAUCAGUGCAACACUCCAGUUGCUGAAGAGCCAGUCAGACCCUCAGAGCUGUUUAGUACCUGCAAGCUCUCAAUCUGCUUUAACUGAACCCAAAACAAAGGCAGUGAUAGGCGAAGGCUUCUCUGAAGUAUCAAUAGCUGUUGCACGAGUUGUUGCUCUGUCAUCAGUUGCCCAGAUUAGCUAUGCUUCAACUAGUGAGCUUCUCAGCAGGAAGUUGAAGUUCCCCACUUUUUUGCGAACAAUACCUAGUGAUGAAUUUCAGACAAGGGGCAUUGCUGAAAUGGUGAAGAGGUAUAAUUGGAAAACAGUGGCCAUUGUAGGAAGUGAUGAUGAGUACGGGAAGUACGGCAGUGAUAACCUCGAGAACAUCUUUAGUGAAACAAAUGAUCCCUGCAUUGACUUCAUUAGCAUCCUGCCUGAUUACUUCUCCCAGGACAAUUCGGAAGCCCACAAGAGACAGGCUGAGCUGAUAAGCAAUAUCAAUAAGUCCUCUGCCGAGGCCAUCAUCCUGUUCACCAAGGAAGUCAAUGUUGCUGUCAUCAUUGAAGCAGCUAUUAAAUACAACCUCAGCAGAACUUGGAUUGCAAGUGAUUCAUGGUCCACCUCUACAGAGCUCUCUGCACUGCCAGGCAUUGAGAUGGCUGGGGAGGUUUUCGGAUUCAUCUCAAAGAGGAACGAGCUGUCUGGUUUUAAAGACUAUGUCAUCUCCAUGUUCAACGGGACCAUGAACGCCAUUCUUGAAGAUUACCUGACUCGCUAUCCACGUUGUUUUUACCAGUCUGAGGAGAACAGAGAAAGUAACUGCUCGCUAACAAACAGCCAACAGGGGUCCAAGCAAUGUCUGGACCCAAGCUGCUUAGCCACUUAUAUUGACCAGGAUUUAGUAUACAAUGUCUACCUGGCUGUUCAAGUCAUUGCUGAGGGUCUUAGGCGCUUGCUUAAGUGUGACAACCACAAGUGUGAACGUAAUACCAAAUUUACAGCCUUGGAGCUUCUUAUGGAAAUCAAGAAAGUCAACUUCACUGUACACAACUCACAUAUAGUCUUUGACCACAAUGGAGACCCCACAAGGUUAGGAUAUGAUAUUGUAUAUUGGAACAUGACUACAGAGCUCACACGCAUAACAACUAUUGGAGAAUACUGGCCCAAUGGAGAAAUCAAAGUCCCAAAUGAUCUUGUUCAAAAUGUGACGGUGACAGCGUACAACUGCUCUAAAACUUGCCAACCAGGACAACAGUUGAAGAAGCAUGGCAAAAAGUGCUGCUGUGAUUGUGUUCCUUGUGCAGAUGGAGAGUUUUCUGCCGGAAAUGGUGCGGAGUGUAAACCCUGCGGUUUAAAGGAGUUUUCGUCUCCACAGAGGGAUAGGUGUUUGAAUAAAACUGUUGAAUUCCUAGAGCGGUCAGAUCCCUUCGUUAUCUUUUUAAGCUGCUUGGAAGUCUUUGGUGUAAUUGUUACCAUUGUGUUUGCUAUUUUGUUUAUAAUCAAUCGAAGCACUCCCAUUGUGAAGGCUGUUGGAGGUUACUUGUGUUUCUUGGAGCUUUUUUCCUUGCUGGCCUGCUUCUGCCUCACAUUCAGCUUCGCAGGAAAACCCACUGCAGCUUCCUGCAUGGCAGGCCUGCCUCUCUUCGGCAUAGUCUUCUCCCUCUGCAUCUCCUGCAUCCUGGCCAACCUUCUCCAAAUCUUAGUGGGCUUCAACUUUAACCUGAAGAUAGGAUCCUGGAUUGAGAAGUUCAAUCAGCCGGUGCUUGUGGUGACCGUCGUCUCUGGGAUCCAGGUGGCCUUGUGUGUGUCAUGGCUUUGUUUUCAUCCCCCACGCCCUGACCCAAGGGAUUCAAACCAGACCAUCCUGCAUCAGUGUCACAAAGGCUCCCGUUAUUUCUUUAUUGCGAUGUUAGGCUACAACGCUCUCUUGGCCCUGAUCUGUUUCCUGAUUGCAUUCAAAGGCAAACAGUUGCCAGAUCUGUAUAAAAAUGCAAGUUUAAUCACCGUCAGCAUGCUGCUGUUUUUAAUAGUCUGGAUUUUCUUCAUCCCGAUAUAUAUCACAAUGAUUGGGGAGUACAAACGAGCUAUUGAAAGCGCAGCCAUUCUCAUUUCUAGCUACAGCAUCCUGGGCUGUCACUUGGCCCCAAAGUGUUACAUUAUGGUGUUCAGGAAAGAGAUUAAUAACGAGAGCGCCAUUACCGCGUACAUCAGGAAGCAUUAUGAGCAAACAGGUGAGGCUGUGGUGAAGUGA